AUGUGGGCUCUGGCAGCCCUUCUGCUCCUGGGUGAGUCCUCAGUGCGUCAACAGCGGCAGAAGCACUUUGGCUGUGGGAGAGGGGGCUUUCUGGGGGCUGGGGAAACUAAAAGCAGAAGAAAAUCAGGGCUUGAGACCCAUGGGAUAUUUUCUACGGUCAAGAGGUCCCUUGCUUUCCUCUCAUUUCAACAUUCUUUUUCUUCUUCCUUCUUCAAUUCCUGUUUCGCAGUUCCAAGCGGCGCGCAAGCUGCUACUCUGGAGAAGCCAGUAUUGUCUCUACACCCGCCCUGGACCACAGUCUUCAAGGGGGAGCGGGUAACCCUGCGGUGUGAUGGGUACCACCCUCUGCUCUUGGAGCUCCGGCCCGUCAGCACUCUCUGGUACCUGGGCCACCUGCUUCUGCCCUCUCACAAGAAAAGCAUCGAGGUGCAGACCCCAGGCGUGUAUCGAUGCCAGACUCGGGGAGCGCCGGUCAGUGACCCCAUCCACCUCUCUGUGUCCAACGACUGGCUGAUCCUGCAAGUGCCCUACGCCGCGGUGUUCGAGGGCGAGCCGCUGGUCAUGCGCUGCCGCGGCUGGUACGACAAGAUGGUGAACAAGCUUCACUACUACCACGACGGCAAGGCGGUGCGCUACUUCCACUCCAGCGCCAACUACACGGUGCCGCAGGCGCGCGCCGGCGACAGCGGCCGCUACCAGUGCUCCGGCACCAUGCGCAUCCCGGUGGAGAGCGCGCCCAUGUUCUCCGCCAAGGUGGCCGUGACCGUGCAAGAGCUGUUCCCGGCGCCGGUGCUGAGGGUGACUGGCCGGGCAGAGGCCCGCGGCGGGGUGGCGGUGCGCUGCGACACCCGCCUGCACCCGCAAAAGCGCGACACGCCACUGCAGUUCGCCUUCUACAAGUACAGUCGCCCCGUGCGCCGCUUCGACUGGGGCGCCGAGUACACGGUCCCCGAGGCCGAGGUCGAGGAGCUCGAGUCGUUCUGGUGCGAGGCCGCUACCGCCACGCGGAGCGUUCGGAAACGCAGCCCCUGGCUACAGCUCCCGGGGCGCGGGCCGGCGCUGGACUCGGCGCCCACCACCGCCCCAGCCCCCCAGGCCGCAGCCGUGGCGCCGGGCGGCCAGCCGCUUUCCUUCAGAAAGCCCCCUGUGUCCCGAUCGGCCCCUCCCGUCACCUCCGUCCCGAACGUCACCUCGCGGCUGCAGUACCCCGCGCGCAGCGCCCCCACGGCCGGGCCCCCGGCCUGCGCCCCGCCGACGCCCUGGGAACAAUCCGCCGCCCUCAGACCCGACGUGGACCUUCUGCUCCGAGAAAUGCAGCUGCUCAAAGGCCUCCUGAGCCGGGUGGUCCUGGAAUUAAAGGAGCCACAGGCCUUCCCGGAGCGCGGGGGCCCCACCUCGCACGCUGCUGUGAGCCCGGGGACGCAGGGGACCGCCCCAGCGGAGAGCUGAGGGCCGGGGCGCUACUGCCCCCUCUCGGGCUUCAGUCUCCCAUCUCGCCUGCUUGCCACCCGCAGAGACGUCGCCAAGCCGGCUCUGCUGGUCUCUGCUGGCCUGCGUCGGUCUGGCGAUGCUUUCCAAGAAGCACCAUAAAGUGUGGUGGCCGAUGA